AUGGAAAGCCAGAGAAACAUUUCAGGAUUCAUCCUUCUGGGGCUUUCUGACGACAAGAACAUACAGAUAUUUUGCUUUGUGCUCUUCUUAUUCUGUUUUGUUGCUCUGCUGGUUGGAAACAUCCUCAUACUUAUUUCCAUUUUCUGCAGCCCUCUUGCAAAACAACCAAUGUACUACUUCCUUUGCCACUUGUCCUUCAUGGAUAUCUGCUAUACCUCUAGUGUUACACCCAAAUUGAUUGAUGGCCUCCUAGAGGGAACUAAAAACAUUUCCUAUGGUUACUGCAUGCUACAGGUCUUCACCAUGCAUUUCUUUGGAUGUAUAGAGAUUUUUAUUAUUACGGCCAUGGCCUUUGAUCGCUAUGUGGCCAUCUGCAAACCCCUCCAUUACGUGCUCAUCAUGAACAGGACCAAAUGCAAUCUGCUGGUCUUUGCUGCCUGGGUUGGUGGGGCUGCCCAUUCAUUCCCUCAAUUGUGUAUGACUAUCCAGCUGCCUUUCUGUGACUCAGUUGAAAUUGAUCACUACUUUUGUGACAUUUUUCCUUUGCUCAAAAUUGCCUGUACUGAUACGUACAUUACUGGUGUCCUUGUAGUUGCUAAUUCAGGAAUUAUCACAUUAGUGACUUUCAUUGUUUUAUCUAUAUCUUAUGCCAUUAUAUUAUUUCAUUUAAGAAAUCACUCUGCAGAAGGAAGACGCAAAGCCCUCUCUACCUGUGGCUCUCAUAUCACAGUGGUGAUCUUAUUUUUUGGUCCUGCAAUCUCUUCCUAUCUUAGACCUCCUGUAACUUUCCCUGAGGAUAAAGUGACAGCACUGUUUUACACAAUUAUUGCUCCAAUGUUCAAUCCUUUAAUCUAUACCCUGAGAAAUACAGAAAUGAAAAGUGCCAUCAGAAAAGUUUGGUGUCCUGCUCUAUUCUCAAUGGGAGCCUAA